AAUCACAAAUGCAAAGCUUUGUAUACCCUUAAAGUGGAAUUUGUCGUCUCCAAUGUCUCAGUCACUGGUUCGAGCAAUCUCAGCUCGGAAGAAUCAAUUAAGUCUUGGGUUUUACUAUAGAUGUGUUUCUUCUCGGCUAUUUCAUUCCCAAGAUCAAUCUUUAGGUUUCAAUUCAAGUUCUAGACAUGGAAGUCAUCAGAAUAGUUAUAGGUGUUGUGGUAAUUUGAUCUCAGACUUGAAUCUUGCUUGCUUAGUUCGACCCUCAAAUGGGUUUGCCACAGCUUCUUUAGUGGACUCAAUUCUCGGUUCUGAUGAAUCAAAUGUUGAUAAGAAGCCAAAGGUUGUUUACAAGAAACCAAUUGAUUUCACCAAAAUCGAUGCGAAUUUACUACCUACUGUGAUGCUUAUGGGCCGGCCAAAUGUUGGGAAGUCUGCUUUGUAUAACCGAUUGAUUCGGAGGAGGGAGGCUCUUGUUUACAAUACUCCUGAUGAUCAUGUUACAAGGGAUAUAAGAGAAGGGAUUGCCAAGUUAGGUGAUUUGAGGUUCAAUGUGUUGGACUCUGCUGGUAUAGAGACUGAGGUUUCUUCGGGUACUAUUCUGGGUAGAACCACGGCAAUGACGGCUAAUGUGCUUGCAAGGACUCAGUUUGCGGUUCUUAUUAUCGACGUGAGGGCUGGAUUGCAUCCAUUAGAUUUAGAGGUUGGGAAAUGGUUGAGAAAGCAUGCUCCUCAGAUUAAGCCAAUUGUGGUUAUGAAUAAAUCUGAAUCAAUUGGCUCUCUUGAUGAAGUUGCUUCUGAGGCCCUUGCACUAGGUUUUGGCGAACCUAUUGCUAUUUCAGCCGAGACUGGACUUGGUAUGACCACACUUUAUGAAGUUCUCCGCCCUCUACUAGAGGAUUACAUGGUCGAAAUGUUAAACGAUAUAUGCAGUCAAGAUGAUGUUCUGAGCGAUGAGAAUCUCUCUGAUGAAAUCGACGAGUCCAAGUUGCCAUUGCAGUUAGCUAUAGUAGGUAAGCCUAAUGUUGGGAAGUCAACAUUGCUCAAUGCAUUGUUGGAAGAAGAGCGUGUGUUGGUGGGUCCAGAAGCUGGUCUCACCAGAGAUGCUGUGAGAGUUCAGUUUGAGUUUCAGGGUAGGACCGUUUAUCUGGUUGAUACUGCUGGGUGGUUGGAGAGAACAGAGCGAGACAAAGGACCAGCAUCUUUGAGUAUCAUGCAAUCAAGAAAGAGUCUUAUGCGGGCACAUGUUAUCGCGUUAGUUCUCGAUGCUGAAGAGAUCAUAAAAGCUAAAUGUAGUAUGACACAUUCAGAAGUAGUUAUAGCUAGACGUGCUGUAGAAGAAGGUCGUGGUCUAGUCGUUAUCGUAAACAAAAUGGAUCGUCUAAGAGGGAGAGAGAACGCUGAGAUGUACAAGAAGAUCAAAGAAGCUGUUCCCAUUGAAAUUCAGACAGUUAUUCCUCAGAUAACUGGAAUACCAGUUGUGUUUAUCUCUGCAUUAGAGGGAAGAGGACGUAUGGAAGUAAUGAAAGAAGUCACUGACACAUACAAGAGAUGGUGUUCAAGACUCUCCACAGGUCGCCUCAAUCGCUGGUUGCGUAAGGUUAUGAGCCGACAUUCUUGGAAAGACACGGCUUCACAGCCAAAGAUCAAGUUUUUCACUCAAGUGAAAGCUCGACCACCAACUUUUGUAGCGUUUGUGAGUGGUAAAACGCAGCUAUUGGAAAGCGACAUAAGGUUUUUGACUAGAUCAUUAAAGGAAGAUUUUGAUUUAGGCGGGACUCCAAUUCGAAUCAUACAGCGGGUUGUUCCUCGAGCACCACCCUCUGGUACAGGCGGUGGUGGAAGCGGAAACAGCUCGAAGAGUCGAGUAGUGCAAAGAACCACCUCAGACAAACGGACUCUCUCUGCCUAAGAACCCAUUAGGAGUGAAGAAAUUUUUCCUACAUUAACUAGUUUGUGUCCCGUUUUGUAUGAUCAUACUUAAAUACAUCUUUUUCGUGUCU